AUGAGCGAAUCAACCCAUGGGCUAGUCGUAGUCGGGCAAAUCAACUCCACCCACAGCAGCAUUCGUACUCGUUCCAUUAUCGAGGCCGCCGUCUCCGCGGUGGUCUCCGGGCCAAUCCGCGACCUCGUUCUAGUCACACUCGGCGCAGUCGCGGCGCUGCUGACCACGGCGCUCGUUCUCUGGCUGCGCCGACGAGCCGAACAACAGACACGCGUCGCAGCGCCCCUUCUUCCCGCCCUUCCGUCCCGCGCCUCCUCUUUCAGCUCCUCUCCCCAGAUUGCAACAGCAGCAGCAACAUCAUCAGCAGGAGAAACGAAUGGGGCUUUCUCAGCACUAUUCCCUACUCAGCGUGCUGCCAAUGGAGCCUUGCUUUCAGUGGAUCAUGGCUUUUACGCCACUGCAGUAGCCAAUGCUGCUGCUGCUACAGCUACAGCGGAUCGGUCAGCUGAUAACGCGGACUAUGCUGGCUUUGGCGGCCCAGUGGCUGCCGAAAAUGGCCGUGCUUAUAGCGGAUACGCCGCGUUGAACGGGGCUGCUUCCAACGGAAAAGCUCUUAACGGGUAUGCUUCGAACGGGGCUGCUUCCAAUGGGCAUGCUGUUAACGGGUAUGCACUUCACGGGGCUGCUUCCAACGGUCAUGCUCUUAACGGGGCUGCUUCCAACGGUCAUGCUCUUAACGGGGCCAAUUCUAACGGUCAUGCUCUUAACGGGCACGCGGUUAAUGGGCACGCUGUUAACGGCGACAGGAAGCUGGGCGCGCCGACAGACGUGGGCGUGGGCAUGCAAAAAGAAUCAGUGGAGUGGGUCAACAUGGUGCUGCACAAGAUGUGGAAGGUCUACCGCCAGCCCAUCGAAACCUGGCUGGUAACCCGAAUCCAACGCAGCAUCGACAAGCUCCAACCGACGCUCCCGCCGCCGUUCUCCCGGGUUGAAAUCACGGUGUUUACUCUGGACUACGAGCCGUUUGCUGUGCGAGCGGUGCAGCAGCGGCCGAGCAGGAAGGCGGAUGAUUUACAGUACCAUGUGGGGGUGCGGUAUACCGGGGACGCGCAUUGUAUGAUCAGGUUGCAUUUGGAGGUGGGGGGUUUGAAGUGGUCCGUGCCGGUGGACGUGCAUGACUUGGACGUGGAUGCGGAGGUGUGGGUGAAGCUAAGGCUGACGCCCAAGAAGCCGUUUGUUGCCAGCCUGUCGCUCGCGUUCGUGCGGCUUCCGACUAUCAAGCUGGUCCUCGCACCGUUCCACGUCCUCAAUGUUGUCGGCAUCCCAUUCCUCUCCAAGCUGCUAACGGAGGAUCUUCCGCGGCUUCUCGUGCUACCGCGCCACAUCAGCCUGGACUUCCUGCCACCUGGCAUGGACGCUGACGAGGACACGGACGCGGGCGCUGACGUGGCUGCUGCCGUGGCUGCUGACGUGGCUGCUGGCGUGGAGAAGCAAGGACGAGAGGCGCAGUGGGUCAACGAAGCAGCAGCGUCUGCUGUGAGCAAGAGGAACAGGCAGACGUCGCAUGCGGCAAGCCCCGGGGACCCGGUGUGGAAUCAGGACUUUCUGUUCUGCGUGGAGAGCCCCAAGAGGCAGAAGCUGACUGUCGUUGUGCGGGACUCGGCCUUGUUCCAGCGAGAUUUGGGCUUCGUGCAGGUCCCUCUGAAUCAGCUGCAGGACUGCAUUCCAGUCUCCAUGUGGUUACCACUGUUACAAGAUGGGCCCUUUGGGGUGAAGCCCGCACCUCAGGGCGAGGUUCGGCUGGUCCUGACCUACAAGUCGUACGUGGAGGAAGGCUCGGGCCGAACCACAGUCCUGGGGAAGUUCGGCAAGCCCAACAAGACGAAGGUUCGGAUCAGAUUCAACGGAGAUGGUGGGGGAGAGGAGGGUGGGAGAACAAGGGAUGGGAACAGCGAGAGUGACAAGCUAGAAACAGAGUCACAGCUGCUGGAGAAACUCUCAAGUCUGUUGCAGGAGACAAACGGGGGAGGGAAGCAGAGGCAAGCGUCAGCGGAACCAGCAGUGGCAACAGCAGCAGCAGCAGCAGCAGCAGCAGGAGGGGGAGUAAGCGUGCGAGGCUGA